GAAAAAGGGAAACAAAAGCGAAGCAAAGCCACGAUCCCACCAGACUCCAGAUCCGCCAUAAUCACCCAUCACCCAUCAUCCAUCAUCCGUCAUUCAUCUCGGUUCACGAGGCACACCACCCCUUCAAAUGUCACAACACCGAAACCUCCUGCCAUCGAUCAUCGAAUUACCGUUCUCCACAACCUCCAAUUCCAUACCCAGCCAUCCCAUCAAGCUCCUCAACAACUUCUGCACAGCAAUUCCCCUUGACAUGUUCCCGGCACUUUCCGCACAAGAAUUCAUACCGGCUAUUGGCAGCGGCACAACAGCACACCCGAUCAAAGUCCCUCUUGAUAUAGGACAAAUCGCCCCUCUUGAGGUGCAAUGGACCAGCCUUCUGGAUCUGGCUGAGGGCAUUAACCCAGCCGGCGUGGAAGGACGUGGCCAGGAACUCUUGCUGCGUGGCAUUUUGCUGCUCCUCCUGAGUGAGAGGGAUCGCAAUGGUCGCGGUGGCGGUAGGUUGCUUCUGGGGCGGUUUGGGGUUGGGCGCGAUACCGCGGUCUUGGCCAUCGCCGAAGAAGAAGAUGUACGGGUCAACUUAAUCUUGCGUGUCGGUGUUCGUGUCUUCGGUGAGGGCUGCAGCAGUAACUGUGGCAGUGGUGCUGGAUGUCGUCUGUUUCAUGCUUGUGACGCCCUGGUCUUGGUUUUUUCUAGAGAAGCGGAAAUACGGAUCGACUUCCUCAUCAUCUUGCUCAAGAACGGCUUGCUGACGUUCCUUUGGGCGCAACGCGGUGAUGCUCCUGAGCCGCUUGAGGUCGGUGAUGGCUAUCUUCUUGAUGGCGGCGAAGAAACUGGAUUUCCGUGAGCCCUUGAAGCAGUUGUGUGUCUGCUUGAUGGGCUGAUGGUCCUCCAAGACUUUCAGCAGCGCCACUGAGGGAUUGAUGUAAAACGCCAGCCGGCACAUCAACGAUGAGUUCAGCUUCAAGUAGUUGGAUCACUGUCGGAGUGUCGAGCUGAGCUGGGAAGACCAGUGGACCAUCGACAU